UACAUAGCUAUAUUAAAGUUGCAAUGUUUGAGGAAGUGAAAACUUGAUUUAUGAUAUUUUAAAAGUGUAUAUGUAUCUUUUUCACAUUCAUUUCAACAAUAAGAUAAAGAAUCAAAGUUAAUUUGUUUUAUUAUUUGCCUAUAUUUUUUUUUUUUUAGUAAAUACUUUACCGAAAGUACGCCCUUUUAUUCAAUGUCCAUUGCAAUCUUGUUGCACGGAAUGUGUUUUAUGUGCAUAGUACUGUAGUACCGGACUACGUGUUUUGCGUAAACAAACAGAAAAUCAUUCCUGAUGACGUUUUUAACGUGGCAAAAACGCGGGCCGAUCAUCAACGGCUUGACAUUCGAAAAGUCGUCCUGGAAUAUACGUUGCAGUGUUUGCUCGUUCAUCUAACCUCUAAUUCAGACACAAAUGCUUAAUUAUAACAAUAGUAUGUUUAAUUCAACUUUAACAGAACCAACCAUCAACAUGUUAUCUCUUAUUUAAAUUAUUCUAUAAAACUAAUAACCGUUGUGAAAUGUGGUUAUUUUAAGAAUAUGGAAAACCAAAGUCGUCAUCAUCAAGUACACCAAAGUUAUCAAUCAUUUUGGAAAAAAAAUUCUAGAGCUGUUCCUGGCAGGCCUAGUUUAAAGCAAGAUUCUAAACAAGAAAAAAGUAAUUUUGUUACCAAUUCUGUUGGAGGAUCAGGAGGAACUUGGACAGGAAGUGGAGGACAAACGUCUUUUAAAGACUUUCAAGAAAGUGUAGAUGAUGCUUGGGAUUCAGGAGAUGAUGAGUUUUGUUUAGUUUCAGAUGUAAAGAUUUCUAAAAAAGUUAGUCACUCAGCAGCUUUAAGUGUUAUUAAUCAUCACCGAUCAAGUACAACUGGUAUUUUACCACAGACCAACAGUAAAGAAAGUAGUCAUCAAGAAAUUAUUUCUGAAGAGAAGAAAACAGAGGCUUUACAGAGACUAGCUGUUCAGCCUCUUCAUUUACGAAAUGCUAAUUUAAACGCUAGUGCCUCAAAAAAUUAUUCAUAUUUACCGACAGUGAAUGAUAUUGAAACUAAGACUGGAGUUUAUCAUCAACGACAUACACAGUUUCCAGGAAGGCCUCAACCUUUGAGGCAGCCUAAUUCAAGUGUAAAAUUUUUUGUACCUUCUAAAGAAAAAGAUGGAGAAAGUAAAAUUGAUAAAUUCCAAGUACUUUUAGCAACAUCUUUGCUUAAUUUAGAUGAAUUGAGACAGCUAUCAUGGUCUGGUGUUCCUGCAAAGCUACGUUCAGUAACAUGGAGGUUAUUAUCUGAAUAUCUUCCAGCUAAUUUAGAACGAAGAUCAGAUGUAUUGAAACGAAAACGCUUGGAUUAUUGGAAUUUAGUUAAACAAUACUAUGAUACAGAAAGAGAUGAAGAAUUUCAGGAUACAUAUCGACAAAUACACAUUGAUAUUCCAAGAAUGUCAUCCCUUAUAUCGCUAUUUCAACAAUCUACUGUUCAGAUAAUUUUUGAAAGAAUAUUAUAUAUUUGGGCUAUUCGACAUCCAGCUUCUGGAUAUGUGCAGGGCAUGAAUGAUUUGGUGACACCAUUUUUCUUGGUGUUUCUUCAAGAAGCAGUUCCAGUUUCAGCAUGGCAGGAAAUUGAAAAUUAUGAUGUAGCAUCAUUGCCAAAGGAACAACGCGAUAUUAUUGAAGCCGACAGCUUCUGGUGCUUAUCAAAAUUUCUCCAUGGUUUUCAGGAUAAUUAUAUUUUCGCUCAAUUAGGAAUUCAACAUAAAGUUAAUCAAUUGAAGGAAUUAAUACAGAGAAUUGAUGCACCAUUGCAUCAACACUUACAUCAACAUGGUGUAGAUUAUCUUCAAUUUUCUUUUCGAUGGAUCAAUAAUUUACUUACAAGAGAAUUACCAUUACAUUGUACUAUUCGUCUUUGGGAUACAUAUUUGGCAGAAUCUGAUUAUUUUGCAUCUUUUCAAUUAUAUGUCUGUACAGCUUUUCUUCUACGUUGGAGAAGACAUUUACUCCUUCAACCAGACUUUCAAGGAUUGAUGCUAAUGCUACAAAACCUACCUACACAAAAUUGGUCUGAUUCUGAAAUCAAUGUUUUGGUAGCUGAAGCUUACAAACUGCAAUUUACAUUUGCUGAUGCACCUAAUCAUUUUCAAGCCCACGACUCUAGGUGACCAUAUUUAUUAAUUCGUUAGCCAUUUUUUUCGUUAAUCAUUGUUAUAAUAGUUGCCAA